AUGACCUCUCUCCUCAGCCGCAUCUUCCGCCCCUUUACCACCACCACAAUGAGCUCCUCCGUGGCCGCGGCGCCCGUGACCAUCCCUCAGGGCGCCGAGCAAGCAACUGUGGCCGCCGGCUGCUUCUGGGGCGUCGAGCACUUGUACCGAAAGCAUUUCGCCGACAAGGGUCUGUACGAUGCGCGCGUGGGCUACAUUGGCGGAGACGCGGAGAACCCGUCAUACCGCGCGGUGUGCAGUGGGAAUACGGGGCACGCCGAGGCCACCCUCCUCAUCUACGAUCCCACCCGCCUUUCUUACACCACUCUCCUCGAGUUCUUUUACCGCAUGCACGAUCCCACCACUCUCAACCAGCAAGGCCCCGACCGCGGUACGCAGUACCGUAGCGGUAUCUUCUACCACUCGCCCGAACAAGAAGCGAUCGCGCGGGACAUCACCAAGCGGGCCGCGGAGCAGUGGUGGACGGCAGGGAAGGGGGCGGGAGACAAGAUCGUCACAGAGAUAUUGCCGGCUAAGGAAUGGUGGGACGCGGAGAAUUACCAUCAGAAGUAUCUGAUCAACAACCCGUCGGGUUAUGAGUGCCCGAGUCAUUUUUUGAGGUCAUUUCCGGAGUUGAAGUAG